AUGAAUAAGUUUAUCAAACUAAUAUCCUUGACUAAAGGAAUAACAAGGAGUAACCACAAUUUACAAAUCAAACGAUCUUUAUCGAAUAUGAUUACAAGACAAACCAAGAAUCAUCUAAUUUAUCAUAAACCAACGGCAAAUUCUAAAAAUUUCAUCAGAUCUGUUUCAAAUUCAACAAUUAGUGUAUUACAAUCACAAGAACAAUUAGCUAAUAAUGAUUUAAACAAUACAACAGCACAAUAUGAAUUUUAUAAAUCACUUUUAGCAAAUAAUUAUCCACAUAUAGUUGUACAAAGAUAUGAAACUCCAGGCAUAGCAGCAUCAAAUGAAUGUACUCAAUUGUAUAUAGAAGCCCUUAAUAAAAUAGGUAAAAAAGGUAAAGCAGAACAAGUGGCGCAUGCUUUAAAUGCAAAUUAUCAAGGUAAUAAUAAUAAUCAAAAUUCAAAUAAUAAUGGAUUUCCACAUGGUUUUGGUUCAAGAUAUGAACCAGUACAUGUUGUUGUUAGUGAAUCUUUAUUAACCAUAUUAUCCAAAUGGUUAAAAUGGUUAAUACCUGUAGCUUUAAUUACAUAUGGAGCAACAAAUGCUUUUAAUUAUCUUGUUGAAAAUGGAACUAUAUUUAAAAAUGCAGAAGUUAAUGAUAAAUCAGUUGAUGUUAGCCAAAGUACUGUAAGAUUUACUGAUGUACAAGGUUGUGAUGAAGCAAGAGCUGAAUUAGAAGAAAUUGUUGAUUUUUUAAAAGAUCCUUCAAAAUUUACUGGAUUAGGUGGUAAAUUACCAAAAGGUGUUUUAUUAACUGGUCCACCAGGAACUGGUAAAACAUUAUUAGCAAGAGCAACAGCAGGUGAAGCAGGAGUACCGUUUUUUUUUAUGAGUGGAUCUGAAUUUGAUGAAUUAUAUGUUGGAGUUGGAGCUAAAAGAAUUCGAGAAUUAUUUACUCAAGCAAGAGAAAAAUCACCUGCAAUUAUUUUUAUUGAUGAAUUAGAUGCAAUUGGAGGUAAAAGAAAUCCAAAAGAUCAAGCUUAUGCAAAACAAACUUUAAAUCAAUUAUUAGUUGAACUUGAUGGAUUUAGUCAAACUUCAGGAAUUAUUAUCAUUGGUGCAACGAAUUUUCCAGAAUCAUUAGAUAAAGCUUUAACAAGACCAGGUAGAUUUGAUAAAGAAGUUAUAGUUGAUUUACCUGAUGUAAGAGGAAGAGUUGAUAUUUUAAAACAUCAUAUGCAAAAUGUUGAAACUGCUGAUAAUGUUGAUCCAUCACUUAUUGCAAGAGGUACACCUGGACUUUCUGGUGCUGAAUUAAUGAAUUUAGUAAACCAAGCUGCUGUUCAUGCAUCUCAAUUAUCUGCACCAGCUGUUGAUAUGUCACAUUUUGAAUGGGCAAAAGAUAAAAUUCUAAUGGGUGCAGCUAAAAAGAAAAUGGUUAUAACUGAAGAAUCAAGAAUUAAUACUGCUUAUCAUGAAGCUGGUCAUGCUAUAAUGGCUAUGUUUUCACCAGGAGCUACACCAUUAUAUAAAGCAACAAUUUUACCAAGAGGAAGAGCUUUAGGUAUAACUUUUCAAUUACCAGAAAUGGAUAAAGUAGAUAUGUCCAAAAAAGAAUGUUUUGCAAGAUUAGAUGUAUGUAUGGGUGGGAAAAUUGCAGAAGAAAUGGUUAAUGGAGCUGAAAAUGUUACAAGUGGUUGUUCAUCAGAUUUAUCAAAUGCAACAGGAGUAGCAAGAGCAAUGGUUUUAAGUUAUGGAAUGUCAGAUAAAAUUGGACCAGUAAAAUUAAGUGAUGAUUGGGAAUCUUGGAGUCCACAAAUUAAAAAUUUAGCAGAUAAUGAAGUAAGAUCAUUUUUAGUUGAUUCUGAAAUUAGAACAAGAGAUAUGUUAAAAUUAAAAUCAAAAGAAUUAAAAAGAUUAGCUGAAGGUUUAUUAGAAUAUGAAACUUUAACAAAAGAAGAAAUGGAUAAAAUUGUAAAAGGUGAAAAAAUUAAUAAAGAAAAGACUAUAAGUAAUACUAUAAUAAAGUCACCAUCAACUAGUAGUUCACCAAUAAAAAUGAAUCAAUAA